ACAAUCGCUACGGAAAAUAUGACCGUGUGUGCGGGAAAGGCGACCGUUGGAUUACGGUCCUCUUUCCGGGGGGAGCGAGUGUGUGUGUGCGGCCGCUUGUGAAGAUCUGACGACCUGGACGUUAGUUUAAUAACUUCAGGACACACACACACACACACACACACACACACACUUCACCGGCGCUACACAUGCGAUACAACGGCCUUUACGUCCAGUUGGCAUCUGUUAGGGGGUCAACUUCAACAACAGUGUGGUCCCUCCCGGUGCUGCAGAACAACAGUGUGGUCCCUCCCGGUGCUGCAGAACAACAGUGUGGUCCCUCCCGGUGCUGCAGAACAACAGUGUGGUCCCUCCCGGUGCUCGGGGCUGCAGAACAACAGUGUGGUCCCUCCCGGUGCUGCAGAACAACAGUGUGGUCCCUCCCGGUGCACGGGGCUGCAGAACAACAGUGUGGUCCCUCCCGGUGCACGGGGCUGCAGAACAACAGUGUGGUCCCUCCCGGUGCACGGGGCUGCAGAACAACAGUGUGGUCCCUCCCGGUGCUCGGGGCUGCAGCAGCAGCAGCAUCCCGGUGCUUCCCGUCGGAGCUUUCUUUCCUCCAAUAGAUUUGAAGUGUGCGCCCCGGCCGACAAUAGAGGGCCGGGGAGUGGGAGGAUCAGCUCGGCAGAGAUCCUUCUGGCUUUGUUACGACCGGGAAGCCAUUUUGGAAAUCUGCUUGUUGUGCUCUCUCGUAACACUCUGAAGCUACUGGCAAACUUUAGUCGUCUUACCAGACCAAUGAGGUCUCGGGUCUGUGGGUCCGCAGCGGUAGAUCCUCUUCGGGGUUCCGCUCGUCGGGAAGCUGGAACCAGUGUGUGAUAGUAAUGUUUGGAUCGUUCCCCUUUUUGGAUUACGCUCUUUAAAAGAACAACAACAUCCACGGACUCUAACCACGCGGGCAAGUUGACACGUUAGAUUCCGUCCGACGCGUUCAUCCCGAUGUGUGUUGUGAAUGCGUCAUUUCUCAUCACAUUGACUCGGUCCUCGCGGAGCUCCUUGACGCUAUUUCAGGCCUCGUUUUUCUUGGGUCAUUUAUUUCACAUCUGCGACAUUAGCAGACAAUAACUAUGUCUAACUAUAUACUCGCGUGUGUCAUUAAGAGUACGUCGUUUUCACGGAUACAUAAGUACAUGGAGCCAGUUUGUGAAGACAUAGCGCGUUGUCUAAAUACAUGGCGUCUAAAUUUAGCACCGGGCAGUGUGAGCCAGUAACGGGGCUUAUAUGUCAUUGGACCGGACACUAUGUGCAGUUAUUAAUAAACUGAACGUGUGUUUUUAAACGUCGCUGGUCUUGAAAGUAGAUGAUUUAUCACUACUCUCUUAGUGUGCGUAAAGGAGCGAGCGAGACGAACGUGCGAGGAGACGUGCAGCACAGUGGGACCGGUGUGUGUGUGUGGGGGGGACGGGGACGGGGACGCAUGCUCUGUUGUUGUUGUUGAACCUGUCUCUUGAGUUAUGAGCUCAAGAAUUACAUCAUAUUUUUAAAGAAAUCUAGCCAAAUGCCAAGAAUAAAAACUGCAGAUAUUGGUUGAAGCGCCGCAGGAGCCGCCUGGUGCGCACUUUGGAUGCCCACAUUAAAGCACCGGCGUCGUGAUCCACCAGUUGUCGAGUCAAAAUCAAACUAAUCCGAGCUGAAUUAAAGUAGUCCCCCUAAAGUAGUCCCCUUGGCUUUUGGAUAUUUGAUUCUGUUUAUCCGUCUUUUCGGCUUGGACGCAGAUUUAAGAUUAAGGGUUGAGGAUUUUAGGAAAAGCCAUCUGUUUUUAUGUGUUGCUUUGUUUCUGCAUUGUCAGAAGUUGGAGUAUGUUAGAUGGAGCAAGGGUUAAAACCUUUUAAUAUAAAGUAAUCCACAUUUUACCUGGAUAUGCUCUGCAGUUUGGGCUGAAACUAUACACCCAGUUGCCAGUUUAGUAGGUACACCUUUCUUAAACUAAUGCAGUCUAAUACAGUCCUUCAAUAUAUCCUCCCUUCAUGAAGGUUACAAUGCUUCAUUCAUGUAUCACAGCACUGUUGUAUUGGGCUCCAUUAGUUUCAGAAAGGUGCACCAAUGAACAUGCACUUGAUGGUAUUGUGGUACCAGUAUGUGCACAGCUUGUUUCCCAGCGUCACACACCCUUAGAGCACUUGAUGGUAUUGUGGUACCAGUAUGUGCAGAGCUUGUUUCCCAGAGUCACACACCCUUAGAGCACUUGAUGGUAUUGUGGUACCAGUAUGUGCAGAGCUUGUUUCCCAGAGUCACACACCCUUAGAGCACUUGAUGGUAUUGUGGUACCAGUAUGUGCACAGCUUGUUUCCCAGAGUCACACACCCUUAGAGCACUUGAUGGUAUUGUGGUACCAGUAUGUUCACAGCUUGUUUCCCAGCGUCACACACCCUUAGAGCACUUGAUGGUAUUGUGGUACCAGUAUGUACACAGCUUGUUUCCCAGAGUCACACACCCUUAGAGCACUUGAUGGUAUUGUGGUACCAGUAUGUACACAGCUUGUUUCCCAGCGUCACACACCCUUAGAGCACUUGCUUCCCGCCCAGUGCCUCAAACCCAGCCCCACCCCUCGCUGUGUCACUGGUUUCAUAACACCGCUCGUUCUCCGUGUGGAGCUUACCCGAGCAGCCACUGUAGAAGUAGCUGUCCCGGUGAGGAGUCUACUUAAUGAGGAUCGCCUCGGUCCUGUCUCUACCAGCCAGGAGAAGAGACGAGUCAUUCAUUACAGCGUCGUCGACCAGCAGCCGGAGCCAACAUGCAGGAAGAGCCUAAACAAAGAAGAAUGAACAUGGAUUUUUCCCAACUGCACACAUACACGCCGCCACAGUGUGCUCCCGAGAACACCGGCUACACCUACUCCCUCAGCUCCAGCUACUCCACAGCAGCACUAGAUUUUGAGAAGGAGCACCAGAUUGCUGCCGUGUACGAGUCGCCCAGGAUGUCACGGCGGAGCCUGCGCCUGCAGACCGGUGCCGGUCACUAUGGCAACGAGACCCUGGCUGAUCACUCCCAGAACCACAGCAAUAGCAGCAGCUACACCAGCACCAGGAGAGAGACGCGGACGCUGCGGAGUAAAAAGCAGCAGCAGCAGCAGUCCAGCUCCAGCUCGCUGUCUUUAUCCUUGAGCCAAGCCGCCACACCGAGGAAGACCCUCUCCUUCUCAGCCGCAAAUACCCCGAUUAACAGCAGCAGCAGCAGCAUCAUCAUCAAUGAAGGCAACGCAGCGUCUGGUGGCUCUUUGCUCACCUCCAUCCUGGACCAGUCACACCUGAGACAACGCACCACAACCACAACCACCACUUCUGUGGAUGGAAACUGGGGGAGGAGCUCCAGCAACGACCUGAGGUCGUCAAAGGUCAACGGCGACGCCAGCGCGUCAAAGCUCCACACCUCGCUCACCAACGGAUACAUCUGCAAAGACUGCUCUUUUCACUCUCAGAAGACGGACUCUCCUAUCACACAGUGUUCAUCGUCAUCGUCAUCUCAGGCUGCAGAAGCUUCCUCAGAGGGCCUCUUCUCCUCCUCCUCGUCACCUUUCACAAGCAUUUACUCCAGAGACAGGAGUCGAAGGAGCAAGACGGGUGUCCUGGUGUCCAUGUCUCACACGUGUGUGCGCUACAGCAAACGAGCCCUGGCCCCCAUAGUGUCCUUAGUCGCCCUGCUCUGCAACAACGUGCUCUGGCUGGGUUCACGGGCCAAGAGCCAUCCAGGAAAAGGUGUCCUCACUUCAUUUUCGGACUCGAUGAGACGAGCCGUGUCCUCCAGUUUGUCCCAACUGUGGCUGUUUAAGCAGACCACUCUCCACAGGAUGAUGGGCUACAGGGCUAGUGGCUAUGAAGGAAAAGCUCACUCAAGUUUCUGUGGAAGCAUGAAUGUGAAGGAUCUGGUGACUGAAGAUGCAUCCCAUCUCAAACUCAAUGGUUCCCUGUGCGACGACUGUAAAGGAAAGCAGCACUCGGAGACGCACACCGUCCUCCUCACUCAGUCCUCCAGGCCUCGGCGCCUGUUGGGGGCGCUGUGCAGCGUCCUAGCUUACGCAGGUCACCUUCUCGUCCAGCCAGGUUACUGCGUGCUGAGAGGAGGCCGAGCGCUGGGAUCAGGGAUGGGGACGGUGGCGCAGAGGCUCCUUUCGGUUUUCUGGAGCCUCUUGGCAGCUCCAGUUAAGGCAGGCAGAGGACUUCUGUGGUUUCUUGCAGCUGGAUGGUACCAGCUGGUGUCUCUCAUGUCUCUCCUCAACGUCUUCUUUCUGACGCGAUGCCUUCCCAAACUUUGGAGGCUCUUGCUGCUCCUUUUGCCCUUUUUGCUUCUACUCGCUUUCUGGUUGUGGGGUCCGUCCACCGCCGCCCUGCUCGCCUACCUCCCAGCCGUAAACCUAACCGAGUGGCGUGCCGCGUCCCCCUUCACCCUCCUGUCCAACGUGGUCCCAGCUUCUGCUCCGGUUCCGGCCUCGGUCCCCGUCCCCGCAGCAGAGAGUCCAGUGGAGCUCACACCAGCCACCCCGGUCUCACAGGCACCACCGUUCCUUCCUCCUGCGGUGGUCUCAAGUAUGGACUUGGAACGACUGGAGCGCGUGGAGCGCCAACUCACCCUGCUGUGGGAGCGAGUCCAGCAGGGCGACCGGAGGCAGCGCCGAGGGGACGCUCUGGGUCUGAGCCUGAGGGAGCAGCUCCACACUCGGACCGACAGGGACAGCCUGGGCCUGUGGGUGUCCUCCCUGCUGGAGCAGCGACUCGCCGUGUUCCGGGGAGAAGUGGAGCAGGAGAACACGCACAGAGCACAGAGUGCACAGCAGCAGAAACAGCAGCAAGAGGGUCAGGCCACGCGGCUGGCAGAUUUAGAGCUGCUGCUCACUGCUCUGGCUGCCAAGACUGAGGAGGUGCAAGAGAAGCAGCAGCAUGAACAUGAGAAGCAGGAAAGAGAGAAGGAGUUUGUCCCUUCAGCAUUUCCCGUCAGUGUGGGCGUGAAGCAAGAGGAACAUGCUCUGCUAGUCGAGGUGCAGAGACUUGAGGUGGAGCUGACCAAAAUCAGAGAAGACCUGCAGGGUGUUGUGGGAUGUAAGGGAAAGUGUGAGCAGCUGGACACACUGCAGGACACCAUAUCAGCCCAGGUGUCCUCCCAGGUGUCCUCCCAGGUGCGUAAGGAGCUGCAGGCCCUGUUCUUCGGCAGUGGUGAGCAGGGAGUGGUGCCGGAGUCUCUGAUCCUCUGGCUGUCCCAGCGCUACAUGACCACACCCGACCUGCAGGCUUCCCUGUCCUCACUGGAGCUGAGCAUCCUGAAAAACGUGUCCCUGCAGCUGGAGCUUAACCGGGCCCAAACCCUGGGUGAGGCCGAGUCCCAAGCCAAGACCAUCGUUAAGACUGUAGCAGGAACGGUCCAACACAGCGCUGCUGCUCAGGGACUGACCGAAGAGCAAGUGAAGCUGAUUGUCCAAAACGCGUUGAGGCUCUACUCCCAGGAUCGAACGGGCCUGGUGGACUACGCCCUGGAGUCGGGAGGUGGCAGCAUUCUCAGCACUCGCUGCUCUGAGACCUACGAGACCAAGACGGCCCUCAUGAGUCUGUUCGGCCUGCCGCUCUGGUACUUCUCCCAGUCGCCACGCGUCGUCGUCCAGCCCGAUGUGUACCCCGGUAACUGCUGGGCGUUCAAAGGAUCUCAGGGUUACCUGGUGAUCCGGUUGUCUCUGAAGAUCCUGCCGACAUCCUUCUGCGUGGAGCACAUCCCCAAGGCCCUGUCCCCCACGGGAAACAUCACCAGCGCCCCACGCAACUUCACUGUUUUUGGUCUAGACGACGAGUACCAGGAAGAAGGAAAGCUGCUGGGGAACUACAUGUAUGAGGAAGAUGGGGAGUCACUGCAAAGCUUUCCUGUCAUGGAGCAGAACGACGCGGCCUUCCAGAUCAUCGAGGUGCGGGUGCUAUCCAACUGGGGUCAUCCAGAAUACACCUGCAUGUACCGCUUUCGAGUUCACGGGGACCCUCGGCCUCAGUGAACGCCCCGCUGCCGUCCUCACUCGCCCCAUCUGUACGUGGCUCUUUAAAGACUCGGCCGUCGUACGAGCGACGUUGUGGAUUGUUGAAGGAAAUGUGCCGAGACUGAAUCACGAACAUGCGUUUUUGUAAUAUUGGAAGAAUCGCAGCAAAGUCUGUGUAGAGAAUGUAAGUGAAGAGGAAUAGAACCACAGAAGAAGCUCACGCUCCCAGUUCCCCCCCCCCCCCCCCGUCUUCAUAAAAAGGCCUCUUGCACUGAAUCCUUCCCCAUCUUGGCACCUUCCACUCCGACAGGCGGACGCUUGAAAUGGGGGAUUACAGACUCAUCUCCACUAUUUCUUCACACGCUGCAUAUUUUUGAGUUCUGUUUUCAAUCAUCUGUAUUUAACUUUCCUGUCAGUCGACUGUUUUCCGGCUCAAAGCCCCUUGUUGCCGCUGUCCGGGCACGUCUCUCUCUCUCUGCUGUCGAGUCUCUGCAAUGGAUUGAGUUGAGCUGUUUGGGCAGCUUGCAGGACUGGACCACACUCGCAGUGGGUGGAGAGUGUACUGCAUCCAAGGCUCAUGCACCCACAUAGACAGCCACACCUCCUGGAACAGAGACACACUCAAGUGGAGGCUUGAUGCAAAUGAUCCUCUGACUUCACAGCAGCACUAUAGAACUGUGUUCCAAGUAUUAGGAGGCUCUUCACUAUGUACGUUAGAUAAAAUAUGUGUAUGGUUAUGGAUGGACUCCACAGUUAAUUCUAGCAUGUGAUUCUUCCCAAGCCGCAGUCCUUAAACAUGCAUCAUGAGUGUGUCCGCUUUGAAGUUUUGGCUCCAGCGCCUGGUUCUCAAAUGACUAAUGACUGAUGUUGAAGGCUCAAUAAUAGAACUACUCCUGUAGACAAGAGAGUGACUUUUCUUUUCAGUUUCUCUAAAGAGGGGACUCUGUCUCCGAGCUCGGUUAUAAACGUCCUCCUCACGCGGCCACGUCGAUUCUGAGACCAUGAAGGAAUUGUAAAUUGUAUAUUUUGUUGUUGAUAGUUUGUGCUUUAUAAUAUCUGCUUUUAUCAGUGUUGCUUUAUAAAAAAAAAAAAUCAUCCCAUCAAUAUCA